CAAAAAAAAAAAAAAAGAAGGAAUCCUCUUGUUCUGCUAUAUGUUCUUGCUUUUCUUCCUCUGCCACCCAAAUCUCUCUCCGUCUCAAAAAAAAUAAAAAAAAAAAAAAAAAUAAAAUUAAUAAAAAUUCGUUUAGAUUAUUUACUCUAAAAUUCUGGCUCUCAAUCUUCCAUGGCGGAUUUUGAAAAUUUAAGCUGAAAAAAAAAAAAAAAAAAGAACUCUGUACACUGUAAAGGAAAAUUUUCGAAGGAAGUGAGAGUAACGGAUUGAAUAUGAUAAAAUUGCUCGAAAUUGAUUGCUCUUGAAGACGGCCAAAAAUGCGUGGUUCACUUCGAAUCUCGGUUUGUAUAGAGCAAGGGCUUCACAGUUUCGGAUUCAAACCGGUCUCACCACAGCCUCUUAUUCGGAUCUCACCCGCUCGCUUAUGGUGGAUUUUCAUGCUGUAGGUCUUUCACUGCAAAUUUCUUUUCAUUGAGGAAUUCUUUUCAGGUUCUGCUUUUAUCUGUUUGGAAAUUGGUUUUUGAUUUCUGAGAAUUUGUUUGAAGUUACUCAGGUUUCCGUAAAAGUUUUAUAGAGAGAGUAGACAAUAUAUAUAUAUUUUAUAGGAUUGACUGGAUUGAGAAGGUUUUUUGUACGAGUUUGUUAGUAAUGGUGUCUGCAAAUGACCCAAUCGAGUCGUUUCUCAAUUCAAUUCAAGUAGUUAAGCUUAAAGAAGUGUUUUUGCCGUUAGAAUUGAGCGUUCAGAAAGCGGCCAAAGACCUCGAAUGCUGCUGGGCAGGGCCUAAGAAUAAAGGAAACAGUGUGGAUUUGGGAAACCAGUUGAAUGGAGGUGAUAAGAAUGGUAGAGUUCAGAUCUGCACUGUGAAGAAGAAAACGGGUGAGUUUGCUUCAGUUGGUGAGGAAAGAAAAAGAGGGUUUUCGAUUAAGGUGCCGAUUAAGGCUUUGCUGGGGAAGUUUACACAGAAUUCAGGAAAUAGUCAUCGAGCUGAAGUGGCUAAUGGUGGGAUUAAAGAGAAGGAUUUGAAUAAGGAAGAUGGAUCUUGUGUGAAUUGCUUGAAGUUUGCGGUGACUUGGUCUUUGUUGGUUAACAGUUUUGUACAGGCAUUUCCUGCUCCAUUCAGAACAGGUAAGAAGCGGUUUCAGAAAACUGGUGAUGGUGAUGAGGAUAAGUUGUGUUUGUGUACAAAGCAGAAGGCUUCAGGUGAAUUGAAGCAAAAUGAUUCUAAGAAUCAACGGCCGGGAACGGUAACGAAUGAAGAUGUGACUCAUAAAGAAGGAAAUAAUGUCUCAGUUGAAUGCUUUAUAGGUUUUUUCUUUGAUAAAUUAACUCAAAAUCUUCCAAAGUUUGAUAAUGGUUUGCAAGAAAAUAGUCAGGAUAAUUGUGACGCAUCUCCCUUGCCGACUUCUUCCACCUACUUUGAUCAUUUUGGGGUUGUGAAAGCUAUUAUAGAUGGUCGGAAAGCAGAUGUAAAUGGAUUUUUGGGAAAUUUGAGGUUUGCUAGAGUAGGGGGUGUUCCUUCUGGUGUGGUAGGGGUUGCUUCUUCAGUUAACGAAGAGGGUGCUGAUGGUGUUAACGCUGACAAUGGUGAUGAAACAGGGGGCAAUUCGCCACAGAAGUUGGCUGGUAGUAUACUUAGUAUUCCUCUAUCCAAUGUGGAGCGUUUGAGAUCCACACUAUCCACUGUUUCAUUGGCAGAAUUAAUUGAGCUUGUACCUCAGCUGGGCCGAUCUUCUAAAGACUAUCCUGACAAGAAGAAACUAUUCUCAGUCCAAGAUUUCUUUAGAUAUACGGAGUCCGAAGGAAGGAGAUUCUUUGAGGAACUUGAUAGAGAUGGUGAUGGCCAAGUAAAUUUAGAAGAUCUUGAAAUAGCAAUGAGAAAGAGAAAAUUGCCACGAAGAUAUGCUCAUGAGUUCAUGCGCCGUACUAGAAGUCACAUAUUUUCAAAAUCGUUUGGUUGGAAACAGUUUUUGUCCUUGAUGGAACAAAAGGAAUCAACCAUUCUUCGGGCGUACACUUCUCUCUGUCUAAGCAAGUCAGGGACGCUGCAAAAGAGUGAAAUAUUGUCUUCACUUAAAAAUGCAGGUCUUCCAGCUAAUGAAGACAAUGCUGUUGCUAUGAUGCGAUUUCUGAAUGCAGACACCGAAGAAUCUAUUUCUUAUGGACAUUUCCGAAAUUUCAUGCUUCUCCUCCCUUCUGAUCGACUUCAAGAUGAUCCACGGAGUAUCUGGUUUGAAGCUGCAACUGUCGUUGCCGUUGCACCACCUGUGCAAAUACCUGCUGGAAGUGUCUUAAGAUCUGCUUUGGCAGGGGGCCUUUCAUGUGCACUUUCUACUUCAUUAAUGCACCCCAUUGAUACGAUAAAGACUCGUGUACAAGCAUCAACAUUAUCGUUCCCUGAAAUUAUUUCAAAGCUUCCACAGAUUGGGGUCCAGGGGUUAUACAGGGGUUCGAUCCCAGCUAUUCUUGGACAAUUUUCAAGCCAUGGCCUACGAACUGGAAUAUUUGAAGCAAGUAAAUUGGUUUUAAUAAAUGUUGCUCCAACACUGCCAGACAUCCAGGUCCAAUCUAUAUCAUCAUUCUGUAGCACAGUUUUGGGUACAGCAGUGCGAAUCCCAUGUGAGGUCUUAAAGCAGCGGUUGCAGGCUGGCCUUUUUGACAAUGUUGGGGAGGCUAUAGUUGGGACUUGGCACCAAGAUGGUCUCAAGGGUUUCUUUCGUGGGACUGGUGCCACUCUUUGCCGGGAAGUUCCUUUCUAUGUUGCUGGAAUGGGGCUUUAUGCUGAAUCUAAAAAGGCUGUGCAGCAAAUUUUGGGGCGUGAGCUGGAGCCGUGGGAAACAAUUAUGGUCGGGGCUCUAUCUGGUGGUCUUGCUGCUGUUGUUACUACACCCUUUGAUGUGAUGAAAACUAGAAUGAUGACUGCUCCACAGGGCCGACCUGUGUCAAUGUCAAUGGUAGCCUUCUCCAUACUCCGCCAUGAGGGACCUCUCGGAUUAUUUAAAGGAGCAGUUCCUAGGUUCUUUUGGAUCGCUCCCUUGGGUGCCAUGAACUUUGCAGGCUAUGAACUUGCAAGGAAGGCCAUGGACAGAAAUGAGGAGCUAGUGAGCGAGCAGCUCUCUCAAAAGAAAGUGGGCAGUUCUGGGUAAAAUUUAAUUUUGAAAAUAGCAACAGCCUUUUAGCUUGCCGUUAGCCAUUUAGUGCUGCCGGAAAAUUUUGGGCCUUUUCCGGGUAUAGUUGCAGCAUCUGUUCAGAAUUUCCAUUUGUUGACGUCUCUGGACAAUGUAUUUUCUGUCAUGGUUCUUUGUUUUGAACUUUCUUGGUCUGCCAUUGGUGGCAUGCAAAUAUGUUUUUCAUUCCAUGUUGUAUUCCUACAUUUCUUCACGAUUCUGUACAGUUUUUGCAGUCGAUCAACCUUAACUCCUCUUAGUUUUAAUCUAACCGUACAAAUACAUGCGUGUAUUGGCACAUCCA